AUGGGUUUUGACGUUGAAGCUUGUACCGUAAUAAACGAAUGGAAGGAAGCUUUGGAACAUGGAACACGAAGUUGGGUUGACGAUUUGUUACAUGCAGAGAAUGUCUUCAGCAGUUCGGCUCAUCCGAAAAAUCUUUUUCCUACUCUUUAUGUUGGUGAAAGUGACUUUGGAUUAUAUGCAACAUCGGCUUUUGUCGAUGAGCGAACGAUUACUAUCGCACCCAAGUAUAUUGGCCCACCGCUUUUAGAGGGACCGAUGCCAAUUGCAGUACAGACAGGUGAUGCGCCACGCAACUUGCCGUCUUCCAGGCCUAUUCUAAGGCUGGAUUAUGAUUUUUCCACUAUCCAUCGAACAGAAGAUGGAGAAUUCCUUUUACUGGGAUAUCAUGAGCCUCCGGAAACUGUUCGCCCACACUUGCUUUUCCCUGAUCGUCGCCCAUUUUCAUCGAUUCCCACUUUGACGUAUGUUACAAAUCAUGGUAUACAGCCUGCUUCUACUCUACAAGCGGAAGAACAUGAAUGGACGUUUGAUUUUAUAAUUGUACAGCUUUGGAGACAUCAUCCUAAAUGGCUUGUUGGAAUUGUGACAUCUGUUCUUAUAUUAGUUCUAUCGGUAGUGUGGAUGUGUGGACGUUUUGUUAACGGACAGAGGAUAUUUCAAUGUUUAUUUCAGUCUGGCGCGUCAUCGCUUCCUGGGGCUUUUGCAGAAACACGUUCUGCGCAGACAUCGAAAAGAUUUAGUCUUUGGCCUUUUAAGCAAAUAGAUAAAGAAAACGGCAUGGUUCAGAUUGGCAGUAUCUGCUAUGAUCCUAGAGCUGUUCUUGGCCGUGGUUGUGAAGGAACAAUUGUUUACAAAGGGGUAUUUGGUGGUAGAGAUGUGGCUGUUAAAAGAAUUAUUGCCGACUUUGUGCGUCUUGCCGAUCGAGAAGUUGAUCUCUUAAAAGAAAGCGAUGCUCAUUCUCACGUUAUCAGAUAUUUUUGCAUGGAAUCAGAUAGCAUGUUUCGAUACAUUGCUUUGGAGCUAUGCAGUGCAUCUCUGCAGGAAUAUGUCGAAAAAGAAGCAGUUCGUGAGAGAUGUGUACUGAAACCAAUGGAAAUACUCUUUCAGGCUACGGAAGGUGUAGCUUACCUCCACAGUAUUAAAAUUGUUCAUCGAGACCUUAAACCACAAAAUAUUCUCUUUUCGAUGCCUAACCAGCACAGAAUAGUGAGGGUGUUGAUCUCAGAUUUUGGUUUAUGUAAGCGGUUACAGCUAGACAAAAAUUCGAUUUCACGACGUUCAGGUUUUGCUGGUACUGAUGGUUGGAUUGCUCCAGAAGCUUUAGUAUCUGAAUCUAGUGUUACUCGCGCAGUGGACAUAUUUUCAUUAGGUUGUAUCUACUACUAUGUUCUGACGGAGGGGAAACAUCCAUUUGGUGACUCACUGCAUAGACAAGCUAACAUCAUGCAAGGAGAGUACAGCUUGAAAGCAUUGAAUUUAACAAGUUCGUUUUGUUCAACUUUUUCAUACAAUCCAAUUGCCGUUUCGCUGAUCGAAAAAAUGUUGCAAAGAGACUGGACUGCUCGUCCUUCAGCAUCUGAGCUUUCAAAACAUCCUUUCUUCUGGUCGAAAGAACAACAGCUUCAAUUUUUUUCUGAUGUUAGUGAUCGGGUUGAAAAAGAAGGAGAACAAAGUUUAGUUGUUACGCAGUUAGAGCGAAAUUCACGUGGUAUUGUCAGCAAUAAUUGGCGACAAGUUAUCUGCCCUGCUCUAGCAGGAGAUCUGAGAAAGUUUCGGACGUACAAGGGGAGUUCUGUACGAGAUUUACUGCGUGCGAUGCGAAACAAAAAGCAUCAUUACAGAGAAUUACCGGAGCCGGUACGAGAAUCUUUAGGGGAGAUUCCGAACCAGUUUGUCACAUAUUUCACCGAUCGUUUUCCCCAGGUUAACAAUUUUACUUCUGGACGACUUUAUUUGUGA